AGGAAACCCUAAACAAGAAGUUUAAGGGCCGGAGGAAGAAGCCAAGGAGGAGACGGCAGAAAGAUGGGGAGUGGAGCCAGUGCUGAGGACAAAGAAUUGGCCAAGAGGUCCAAGGAGCUAGAAAAGAAGCUGCAGGAGGAUGCUGACAAGGAAGCCAAGACCGUCAAGCUGCUAUUGCUGGGUGCUGGGGAGUCAGGAAAGAGCACUAUCGUCAAACAGAUGAAGAUUAUUCAUCAGGAUGGCUAUUCGCCAGAAGAAUGCCUGGAGUACAAGGCCAUCAUCUAUGGGAAUGUGCUGCAGUCCAUCCUGGCUAUCAUCCGGGCCAUGUCCACACUGGGCAUUGACUAUGCUGAACCAGGCUGUGCGGAUGAUGGGCGACAACUCAAUAACCUGGCUGACUCCAUUGAGGAGGGCACCAUGCCUCCUGAGCUGGUGGAAGUCAUCAAGAAGUUGUGGAAAGAUGGCGGGGUGCAAGCCUGUUUUGACAGAGCUGCAGAGUACCAGCUCAAUGACUCAGCAUCUUACUACCUGAAUCAGUUGGACCGAAUUACAGCCCCCAACUACCUUCCUAAUGAGCAAGAUGUGCUACGAUCCAGAGUCAAAACCACAGGCAUCAUCGAGACCAAGUUUUCUGUCAAAGACUUGAACUUCAGAAUGUUUGAUGUGGGAGGACAGAGAUCAGAGAGAAAGAAGUGGAUCCACUGCUUUGAGGGAGUCACCUGCAUCAUUUUCUGUGCAGCCCUCAGUGCCUAUGAUAUGGUGCUGGUGGAAGAUGACGAAGUGAAUCGUAUGCAUGAAUCAUUGCACCUGUUCAACAGCAUAUGUAACCACAAGUUCUUUGCGGCUACUUCUAUUGUCCUCUUUCUCAAUAAGAAGGAUCUCUUUGAGGAAAAAAUCAAGAAAGUCCAUCUCAGCAUUUGUUUUCCAGAGUAUGAUGGGAACAACUCUUAUGAGGAUGCAGGGAAUUAUAUCAAGAGUCAGUUCCUUGACCUCAACAUGAGAAAAGAUGUCAAAGAGAUCUACAGUCACAUGACCUGUGCUACAGACACACAGAAUGUCAAAUUUGUAUUUGAUGCAGUUACAGAUAUUAUCAUCAAAGAAAACCUCAAGGACUGCGGACUCUUCUAAUUCUCACCAUUCCUCAGUUAUACAUUCUAUAAACAGGCUUGGAAUCUGGGUGAUUUCAAGCAGAAAAUUUUAGGUCACUAAAC